UACUUUUUCCUAUUUUAGUGUAUUAGUUUGAUGUUUUUUUCAAAAUAAAAGAAAAAAGACUAAGUGAGUAAUAGCUUAUCUGUGCGAUCAGGUGAUAUAACGAGUACGAUGAUCUAGCAACUUAAAACGAUAUAUAUGUAUGUGCACACACUAAUAUUUAAUUUGUGUUUACGUGAACAGCGUGUCUAAAUAGCGAGAAUUAUUCGUCAGAAAUGCUUUGCGGUUCCUUCUUUGGUUAUGCCGUCGCCAUUCUUGUCGUGGCAGUUACGGCCCUCAUAGCCUACUUUAAAUGGACAUAUCAGUACUGGGAACGAAAAAAAUUCCCCUACCUUAAACCAAAGAUUCCAUAUGGCAACACCAGCAGUCCACUUCGACGCAAGGAAAAUAGUGCUAUAGAACUAGCACAUUUCUAUGAAGAAAUGAAGUCCAAGGGAUGGAAACAUGGAGGACUUUUCUCAGUUUUAAAUCCUACGUACAUGGUUGUAGAUUUGGACUACCUGAAGAAUAUUAUGACAAAGGACUUUCACUAUUUCGUAGACCGUGGGCUGUACUAUAACGAAGACGCUGAUCCUCUAAGUGCCCAUUUGUUUGCUAUAGGUGGCGAAAAGUGGCGAAAUUUGAGAACUAAAGUCACUCCAACUUUCACUUCCGGGAAAAUGAAGAUGAUGUUCCAAACCCUGGUGGACUGUGUUCCUAAUUUCUUGGCAAAAAUUGAAUCAGAUCGUGUGGCCAAUGCACCGAUUGAUAUUAAGGAGACACUUGGAUGCUUCACCACUGACAUAAUUGGGUCUUGUGCCUUUGGUCUAGAAUUUAACACAUUCAAAGAAGAAAAUUCCCCGUUUAGGAAAUACGGCAGGCAAUUUUUUCAGAGUAACAAACUCAGAAUGAUGAGAAGUCUCUUCCUUAUAAAUUUUCCUAACGCUGCUAAAAGGUUAGGUAUGGCAUUGAUUCCUACGGACAUUUCUAAGUUCUUCAUUAAGCUUGUCAAAGAUACUGUUAACUACAGAGAGAAAAAUAAUUACACCCGCAAAGACUUCAUGCAACUACUGAUUGAUAUCAAAAGUAACAAACUUGAUAGCGAAGGUGGUAACAAACAUGACGGCAAAACAUUAACUCUUGAUGAAAUAGCUGCUCAAAGUUUCGUUUUCUUUAUCGCGGGAUUUGAAACCUCGUCCACGACCAUGACUUUCGCUCUUUACGAGCUUGCGAAACACCAAGAUGUCCAAGAUAAACUCAGAGACGAGAUUAAUAGUGUUUUGGCUAAACACAAUGGGGAGAUUACUUAUGAAGCUAUCCAAGACAUGAAAUAUAUGGAUCAAGUGAUAAACGAAGCCUUAAGGAAAUACCCCCCGGUGCCUUUCCUGACCAGAAAGUGCGUCAAAGAUUAUAAAGUUCCAGACGCAGAUGUAGUGAUAGAGAAAGGUACUAUGAUUUUCAUUCCAGUUUUGGGUAUUCAUCACGAUAAGGAAUUCUUCCCGGAUCCUGAGAAAUUCGAUCCCGAUCGAUUUACCGAGGAGAAUAAGAGUAAAAGGCACCAUUAUUCGCACAUUCCGUUUGGCGAGGGACCCAGGAUUUGUAUAGGUGCACGUUUUGGUCUAAUGCAGUCAAAAGUGGGGCUAACUACUCUCUUGAAAAAUUACAAAUUUACAGUCAACAAGAAAACAUUAGAACCACUAAAAAUGAAAGUCACCUCUGUUGUGCUAGCAGCAGAAGGAGAAGUUUGGUUAAAUGCGGAAAAAGUAUAAAUAGGACUCUUAUUUUAUACAGUUUGGCACAAAUGUUGUUACUUCCACAUGUGUUAUUUCAUUUUAGUAACUUUGUUGUACUUAGGUUAAUAAUAGCGUUGUUGUGACUUAUAUAACAUGUUUUUCUUUCUGUAUUGUUCUUUUAGUUGGAGUAAUUAAUCUCUAACCUAAAAUCUAUUUCUGCAACAUGAACAAUAACCUUA